AGCGGCCGGAGCCCGCUGCUGGUAGCAUGAGUGCUGGCCCCCAGGUGCAGCUGGCUGUCCUCUGGCCUUGGCUGCUCAUGGCGACCCUGCAGGCAGGACUGGGCCACACCGGGCUGGCGCUGGCGGCGGCCGUGGAGUCGGAGCGGGCGGCGGCGCAGAAAGCCAUCAUCAGGGUCAUCCCGCUCAAAGUGGAGCCCAUCAUCCUGGAAGGGGAGUUCGCCAACGUCGCCGAGGUGACUCCGGCCGAAGGGAAACUGCUCCAGUCCCACCCACUAUCCCUGUGCAACACCAGCGAGGAUGAACACACGGAGUCGGGAUUCAUCACCAUCGUCAAGCUGGAGCAGCCGGACCGGGAUCCCAACCCCUGCCUGUCCCUGGCCAACAAGGCAAAGCUGGCAGGGGAGCGUGGAGCCCGUGCGAUCCUUUUUGACAUCACCGAUGAUGAAAGUGCUGCUGAUCAGCUGAGGAAGCCCAGAGGCCUGAGCCAGCCUGUGGUCCUGAUCAGGGGCCAUGAUGCUGAGCUCCUCAUGGGCGUUGUGAACAAGAACAGAGAGGCCCAUGUGAAGAUAGAGGUCAAGGAGCCACCAGCUUGGCCAGACUACGAUGUGUGGAUCCUUCUCACAGUGGUCAGCACUGUGGUCGUCAUCAUUUUGAUUUUUGUUGUCCGCACAAAGUGCCAGCUGAACAGGACUCAGGACUCGGUGCAGCAGCAGACCCUGCGGGCCAUCGGGCAGCUGGCCACGCGCCGCUACCAGCCCCGGGCGCGGCCGGCCCCGCGCUGGGACUCGGCCAGCAGCUGCAGCUCCGCCCCGCUCUGUGCCAUCUGCCUCGAGGAGUUCAGCGAGGGCCAGGAACUGCGGAUCAUCUCGUGCUCCCACGAGUUCCAUCGGGAGUGUGUUGACCCUUGGCUGCAGCAACACCACACGUGUCCACUUUGCAUGUUCAAUAUUCUUGCCAGAGACUCGGGGGACCAGGCCAUGGCUGCCAGCUCCAGGCUGGUCCCUCAGGACAUGGAGCCGGGGCGGCGACUCCACCUUUUCCGCCAGCAUCCAGGACAUGCCCUUUACCACCUCCCACAAGCAUAUCCUCAGAGGAACCUCAGGAGCUUUCCCCCAGAGUCAGCCCAUGGCAACCCCUUCUUCCACUCUCCAGAGCUCUCCCAGUUGGAUUUUGGCACCAUCCACUACAUGCCCUACAGACCAGCCACCUCCCUGCUGGCCUGUGGCCACGUGGCCCCGCUGGCCCCGGGCUUGCUGGGGCAGCAGCACCCCAACCCCUCUGCAUGCGGGCAGGUGCUGGCACCCCACAGGACAUGUCCCCUUCAGCCUCAGCCCCCCUGUGUGGCACCCAAGGCAGCCGUGGCACAGAAGCAGCACCGUGUGCCCACCCUGCGCCGAGGGCUUGGCCACGGGCACCAGCACAACAGCAGUGGCUCUGGGGAGAGCUAUCUCACGGAGCACAGCGGGUACCUGGCCGACGGGCCGGGCAGCGACUCCAGCUCGGGGCCCUGCCACGGCUCCUCCAGUGACUCCAUGCUGAACUGCACAGACGUCAGCCUGCAGGGCAUCCAUGGCAGCUGCUCCACGUUCCGCAGCUCCCUCAGCAGCGACUAUGACCCCUUCGUGUACUGCAGCUCCGAGGGCCCCACCACGGACCACGGGCAGGAGCAGCUGCGGCUGCCCAGGGACAGGCGGCCCCGGUCCUUGGACCUGAUGGUGCCCCAGGGGGCUGCUCUGGCCAAGCCCCAGGUGCUCAGCCACGUCCACUACCACCACCACCAGCACCUCCACUACAGGCAGGACUCAGAGUGUCCCCCUGGGCGAGCCGGGCAGGGGCCCGGGCCACGCAAAUCCCGGUAUUCCGGGGCCAAGGUUGCCCUCCACAGUGCUCGGACACAAAAGAGAACUGAGAAAAGCCAUCAUUCUCAGCAGCCUCUGGAAAGCAGUGCCGUGCUACAGGAGGCAGCUCCAGCAGGCCAGCCAGCCUGUCCCCAGGAAGGCCAGGAACCCCGUCACACCCCCUCCAUUUCUCCAAACAGGCUGGACUUCAGUGUAGAUGCCAACAGACAACUGGGAGCUGUCCCACUGUCCCCCAGACACAGCUUACAGAGCAGGCAUCACCGAAGGAAAAGAAAGUGUCCCCUGGAGCUGGACCCCGCUCUCCUGCCCAAGGACUCGGCCGAGCCCGGAGCCUGCGGCGCUCCCCUUCCUCCUGGCCAUCCCGCUGGCUCCCGCUGCUCUCCCGAAGCCCAGCCCCUGAUCCCAAGCGCUGCCCUGCCCAGCAGCUCCCAGCCCCUCUGGAAGUGUUUAGUGCCACAGCCCAGCUCCGAGCUGAGGAAGCAGGAGGAGAGGUUGUCAGGACGGGAGAGAAACCGCUCGGUUCCUGCGGAUGUCUCAGGGACGUGCACCCCCAGGCACAGUCUGAGUGUCCGCCUUCACUGCCCAUCUCAGCAGGGUGGUCAGGAAUCUGAAGAGGAGGUCCAGGAUGUCCAUGAACACUCAGUUUAAUAAAACACUGGCCUGUUUGCUCGCUGGGAGUUGGAGUGGACACAGAUGUUGAUGGAGCUGCUCACAUGUGGCUCUGCCCAGCCCUGCCCUGCUGAGACACAGACUGGCGAGAGCAACGGGCCACUCAUGGUCUCCUGCCAUGUCCCCAGGGCCCCACGGUGACACAGACAGAGCUGCUCCCUGGGCUGUGUGCUCUGGAGGCACAGCAGCCCCUCCUCAUCCCAUGGCACCGCUCCGAGCUGGGCAGGGCUCCCGGGGGGAGCUCACCGAGUGAGUGCAAGCUGCUAUUUUGGCGUCUUCAUGCCACAGAAGGUUUUGCUAAACACUGCAAAAAUAAACAAGCCUUCAGGACCAAAA